AUGGCUGUGGUUCAUGCUGAAAUGAGUGUCUGGAGUAAACCAUGGGAUCACAGAUUUCACAUGUACGGAGGACAAGUGUGUAAUACACUAAUGGCAGGUUCUUGGGAUGAUAGAACACCUUUACAUGAUGCUGCAUUGCAAGGAAGAUUGCUGCCACUGCGAACACUUCUUUCACAGGGGUGUUGUGUGGGCUUGGCUACACUAGAUGGAAUUACACCUCUCCAUGAAGCCUGUGUUGGAAGCCAUUUUACCUGUGCUAAACUUCUGCUUGAGCAUGGAGCUGAUGCAAAUGCUGUUUCUAUUGAUGGAGACACUCCUCUCUUUAGUGCGUGCAGUAGUGGAAACCCCGCCCUCGUCAGGCUCAUUUUAAUGUACAGCUCCGCCCACCAUCCAGCUUAUCUGCGAUGCUCACCUCUUCACGAAGCGGCAAAGAGAGGUCACACAGCAUGUGUUGAACUGCUUCUAUCACAUGGUGUGAAUGUUGACAUGGAGAUGCCCAGCAUAGGAACGCCGUUGUAUUGUGCAUGUGAAUCCAAGAGCACAGAAUGUGUACAGAGACUGCUGAUUUCAGGUGCUGAUGUGCAAUGUGGGCGUGGUCUUGACACACCUUUACACGCUGCAGCCAGGGUCAGUGGGGCAAAGGAGGUGGAGCUUCUGUUAGAAUUUGGUGCUGAUAGGACAUCAAGGAACUCGGAGGGAAAGAAACCACUGGACUUGACUACAGAUCAGAACAUUAAACAGCUCCUGCAAGCUGCAGGUCCGAGCUCCCUGUCUCAGCUGUGCAGAUGGUGUAUUCGGCGCUCCCUGGGCCAAAAAAGAUUAAAUAAAACCAAGAUGCUUUGCUUACCACAUAGCCUACAAAAUUAUCUUCUCUAUCAUUAA